CUUUUUUAUUAAUUACACAAAGCACUUUAAAUGCCUUCUCAACUAACCUGUCCUUUUCUUCCUCAACUCCCUAAUUUCAUCCAUCUAAUUCCAAACACCCCGUUUUGUUUUGGUCAUCAUAUAUAUUCAUCAUCUUAUGUAGUAUCAUAUAUCCCUAAGCUAUACUCAUCAUUAAAUUAUAAUUCGGGCUUUCGCAACGAUCAGCCAGUUUCGAACUCAUUACUUCACAAAUUACGCUCUCCUUUUCCUUUGUAUGAUAUAUAUAAGCUAUGACGACGACCAAGAAAUUCUCAGCACAAUUAGGUAAUGGAAGAGAUGGACAAGACGGCCGCCCGGCCGUCGGUCCAAUUUAUCGGAAUCUUCUUGCCAAGAAUGAGUUCCCACCACCUCUUCCUGAUGUUUCUACUGCUUGGGAUUCCUUCAGGCUUUCAGCUGAAAAGAAUGCAGGAAAUAAUAUGUUGGGUUGGCGUGAAAUGGUUAAUGGCAAGUGGGGGCCUUAUGUCUGGAAAAGUUACAAGGAAGUUUAUGAAGAAGUUCUAAACAUUGGUUCAGCAUUACGAGCAUGUGGGGCUCAACCUGGUGCAAAGAUCGGAAUAUAUGGUGUUAAUUGUCCUCAAUGGAUUAUGGCAAUGGAGGCUUGUAAUGCUCACAGUUUGAUAUGUGUGCCUCUAUAUGAUACCUUAGGUCCUGGUGCUAUAAAUUACAUAAUUGAUCAUGCUGAGAUUGAUUAUGUUUUCGUCCAUUCCCUAAAGGUUGACGAACUUCUUAACCCCGAUUGUUCCUCCACUACACGGCUAAAAUCGAUUGUUUGUUUUACGUCGUUCACUGAGGAAGAAAACCUGAAGGCUCGUAAUGCAGGAAUUGAGGCAUACUCAUGGAAUCAGUUUCUCCAUGUGGGGAAGGAGAAUCCAUCAGAGCCUGUUCCGCCACAACCAAUCAAUAUCUGUACCAUAAUGUACACGAGUGGCACCAGUGGAGAUCCGAAAGGUGUUGUGCUAACACAUGAAAAUAUGGCUAUGUUUUUAAGCGGGUUGGAUCUUUUCUUGGAACAAUUUGAUGACAAGAUGACAGUAAAUGAUGUGUAUCUAUCAUUCCUUCCCCUGGCUCACAUAUUAGAUCGUGUUAUAGAAGAAUAUUUUUUUCACAAGGGUGCUUCUGUUGGCUUCUUUCAUGGGAAUGUAAAAGAAAUCAGUGACGAUCUCAUGGAGUUAAAGCCAACUUUUUUUGCUGGUGUACCUAGAGUUUUUGACCGUGUGUAUGAAGGCAUACAGAAGGCAAUUGAAGAUCUUAUUCCGAGGAGGAGGAAGAUUUUUCACCUUCUUUACAAAUACAAAUUAUUUUGGAUGAAUCGAGGGUACAAGCACAAGCAUGCAUCUCCUUUAGCAGAUUUAUUAGCCUUCAGAAAGGUGAAGAACAAGCUAGGUGGUAGGGUUCGACUUAUGGUAUGUGGAGCUGCACCUUGGAGCGAAGAAGUGGAGGAGUUUUUGCGGGUUACUUGCUGUUGUUUUGUACUUCAAGGCUAUGGAUUGACAGAAACCUGUGGAUUGUCCACAGUUUGCUACCCUGAUGAAAUGUCGAUGCUAGGAGCUGUCGGUGCUCCAUCUGUAUACACAGAAAUGCGCCUUGAAGAGGUUCCGGAGAUGGGGUACCACCCAUUGGCUGAUCCUCCACGCGGGGAGAUAUGCUUGAGGGGCAAAACACUGUUUUCCGAAUACUACAAAAACCCUGAGUUAACUACAGAGUCUAUUAGAGAUGGGUGGUUUCAUUCAGGUGACAUUGGUGAGGUGCUUCCUAAUGGAACAAUAAAGAUCAUUGAUAGAAAGAAGAAUCUGAUCAAACUUUCACAAGGAGAGUAUGUCGCUCUUGAGUACUUAGAGAAAGUAUACAGCAUUACUCCCAUUGUCGAAGAUAUUUGGGUUUAUGGAGAUAGCUUUAAGUCGAUGUUGGUUGCUGUUGUGGUGCCAAAUGAAGAUAAUACCAAGAAAUGGGCGGCUCAAAAUGGAUGUAAAGGCACAUUCACUGAGUUGUGCUCCCUUAAAGAGUUCAGAAAUUACGUCCUCUCUGAACUUACAGUUGCUGCGGAAAGAAACAAGCUUAGAGGUUUCGAGCAUGUCAAGGGAGUCGUUAUUGAACCUCAGACCUUUGAAUUAUUACCAGGCUUAAUGACACCAACUAUGAAGAAGAGGAGGGAUAAAAUGUUAAAACAUUAUCAGGCCGAAAUUGAUGACUUGUACAACACUUUGGCUAAAGGGAAGUGCUGAACGACAAAUGCAAACUCAAUAUAAUGUCUUCAUGUGUGCAGCUGUUUAAGAAGAAUAAACAGUGAAGAAGGCUAGGAGCAUUUUCUAACUUUCUGUAUAAAGUUUGUAUUUGAGGCCAGAGUUUGAAGAAAAUGGAAAGUCGCUGAGUUUUAUCAUCAAUUAGAUUGAUUUCUUAGUUUUGUAACGUUUCAUGAUGCUGCAUAUUGUUACUGCUUGUACUUCAAUUCUUACUCCGUGUAUGAUAACUGGCUUAAAGUUGAAGUUAGAUAAUAACACAACUUAAUUAAUACCAGAUUAUAACAUGAAUCAAAUCUGUUGAUCGAUGGGUUUUCAA